AUGCUGAAAUCCUUAAGGUCCCUGUAUCAGUUCCCCGACGCCUGGGCUUCCCUCCGGCUCUUUACGCGGCGACAGGCGACGCUUCUGGCACAGGUGAAGGCGCUCUUCCAGGCCGUUCAGAGCCCGCCGUUUCAAGCCACCUUUCGCCACUUGACUGGUGGGGCGAAGCGCGCAAAGGAGGCCUUCCUUCUCCAAGCGGGGCUUUGCCUGAAAAAGGGCAGCCAGAACAACUACUGGGACCAGCCGGAGCUCAGUGAGCUCGCUGGGAAGCUGCGGAGAUCUUUCUUUUAUGUCGAGGGCUACGGGGAGCUGAUGGACGACUGGCUGCAGAGCCGUGUCAAGAAGCUGAACGAGGACUUCCUGCAGCGCGCCGUGACAAUGCUUGGGAACAGCCUGCCAGCAGUGCUGACUCGGCUGCGGCAGAUCUUCAGGCCUGGCCGCUGGAUUUUCCUCUGCGACCCGAGAUUGGAGAGUGACUUGAUCAACUUGUUCGAUGAGGACACGUUCCCGCGUCAUGUGUUAACAUCCACCACCAUCACCCAAGUACUGGAACGAGUACCAGCUUUGGGUGGAGACGAUUUCCACAUCUACAACGACAUCGUCCGGUCACCACCGCUGCAGGCGCCCCUCUCCAGCGGGCCCAUGGAUCUCAUCGAGUCGGCGCUGAUGGAGGUCCUACGCCGGCUUCCGGGCUUCCCUCCGCUGCUGCGCCUGCCGGGACCGGGCCACUACCGAUUCGGCCGCGUGGAGGUACUCUUCCAGCUGGCCGGCACGGAUUUGGCGGCACGAGUCCUCUCCUCUCCAAACGCAGCCCCAACGGGAGAGGUCCUGAGAGCAGUGGAUUUCUUCGUGCAGUUUGGUCCACAAGAAUUCCCCAAUGCAGCGGUCGAAGCCGUCCAGAGCUCCGACUCCAUGCACCUCUGCCCUACCACCGGCAUCCAGGAUGUCGGAGCGCCUUUAACCGCUCCAGGGCUCAUACGGCCGCCCAUGAGCUUUGCUGUGGCACCCAUGGCCUUGCCCGCGCCCGGGCCCCCCGCUCAGCCUCUCGCUCCGAUGGCUGUGCCCGGGAUGGCUGUGGGCUUGGCUCCACCCGCCCCGGUGCCCAUGAUCCCCUUCGUGCGCCCUAAGUUCGGAAUCGAUGACGAUGAAAUCUAG